UAAAAUCAUAUAUACGAACACCGUUUUGAAAAUAUUUAAUUUCAACCUUUCUGGUUCUUCGUUUGCUUCGCAUCAAUGACAAAGAGCGUGACCGGUCAAAGUGGAGUUCGAGUCGUCGUCGCCGGUGAUCGAGGCACCGGAAAAUCAAGCCUCAUAGCUGCUAUAGCUUCGGAUUCAUUCUCCGACGACGUUCCCUCCUUGCUUCCGCCCACUCUAUUGUCCGCUGAUUUUUUCCCCGACAACGUUCCCCUAACCAUCAUUGACACGUCUUCUAGCUUGGAGAAACAAAACAAGCGUAAUGAAGAAUUGAAAGGUGCUGAUGUUGUGGUUUUAACAUAUGCUUGCAAUGAUUCCCAAUCCUUUUUGCGAUUGAGUUCUUACUGGUUCCGGGAACUGCAGAGCUUGGAGGUAAAGGCACCUGUAAUUGUGGUUGGUUGCAAGCUCGACUUGAGAGAUGAAAGCCAACAAGUGAGCUUAGAACGUCUCAUGACACAGCUCCUACAAGAGCGCAAGAGUGUUGGCACCUGCAUUGAAUGCUCUGCAGCUACGCUAUACCAGGUCCCUGAAGUUUUUUAUUUUGCUCAAAAAGCUGUACUGCAUCCAGUAGAUCCAUUAUUUGAUCAUGAAAGUCAAGCUUUAACAGAUCAAUGUGUUAGAGCGUUGAGAAGAAUAUUUGUUCUUUGUGAUCGUGACAUGGAUGACGCCCUCAAUGAUGCAGAACUAAAUGAUUUUCAGGUUAGAUGUUUCAAUGCACCAUUGCAGCCAUCUGAAAUUGAAGAGGUCAAAACAAUUGUACGGCAGAAAGUAGUAGAAGGAAUCAACUCACACGGUCUUACUUUUCCAGGAUUUAUGUGUAUCCAUAAUAUGUUCUUAAGAAAAGGGCGUCCAGAGGCAUUUUGGUCUGUGCUAAGAAACUUUGGAUAUGAUAAUGAUUUAAAACUCAUGGAUGAUUUCCUUCCUGUCCCAUCUAAGAGUUCUCCUGAUCAGAGUGUGGAGCUGACAGGUGAAGCUGUAGAGUUUCUAAAUGGCAUCUUCCGACUAUUGGAUACUGAUAAAGAUCGAGCUUUAAGACCUGCUGAAGUGGAUAAGCUAUUUUGUACUGCUCCAGAAAGUCCAUGGAAUGAUGCUCCAUAUAAGGAUGCUGCUGAGAGAACUGAUAUGGGUUACUUAUCUCUUAACGGAUUUCUAUCCCAGUGGGCACUUAUGACAUUACUUGAUCCACUAUGUAGCCUUGCAAAUUUGAUUUACAUUGGAUAUAGUGGUAAUCCUGCUGCGGCUCUUCGUGUUACUCGUAGGAGAUCAGUUGAUCGCAAAAGACAAGCGACAAAAAAGAAUGUGUUCCAAUGCUAUGUUUUUGGUUCUAAAAAAGCCGGGAAAUCUGCUCUGUUGGAUGCAUUAUUGGGAAGGUCUUUCUCAAAUAGUUAUACUCCAACAACAGCUCAGAAGUUUGCUACAAAUGCCAUUGAAUUGAUAGGGGGAACUAGGAAAACUCUUGUAUUGCGGGAGAUACCAGAGAGUGAAGUAUCGAUAGUUCUGUCAAAUCAGGAUUAUUUGGCAGCAUGUGAUGUAGCUGUUUUUGUGUACGACAGUUCAGAUCAAUAUUCAUGGAAGAAAUCCAGAGAUUUGCUUGAGAAGGUUGCCGGGCAAGGUGAUCUUACUGGUUAUAGAGUUCCUUGCCUCCUCAUUGCUGCUAAGGAUGAUCUAACUCCAUAUCCAAGGGCAGUCCAAGAUUCAGUCAAGGUUACUCAGGAGUUGGGAAUAGAGGCACCUAUUCACGUAAGUAUGAAAUUAGGCGAUUCAAGUAACGUGUAUAAUAAAAUUGUUAGGGCUGCAGAACACCCUCAUUUGAGCAUCCCAGAAACUGAAAUUGGGAAGAAAAGAAAGCAAUACCAUCGGCUUCUGCAAAACUCUCUUAUUUUUGCUUCAGCUUUCUAUGUUGAAUUUACAGUUGGGACCGCAAUGGCAGUUGUUGGUUUGGCAGCAUGCCGUGCAUACGCAGUGAAAAAGAACUCUUCUGCCUAGUCAUCAAACAACUUAAUUUAUGGUAACAGUUUUAACAUAAUUGUGAAUUUGUGCUCAAUAUUGUAUACAAAACCUCAUCGGGCGACCUUAAGUUAGAGUCUUUUAUGCAUAAUAAUCACUAAUUUCAUUUAUUCUUUGUUAGGUUAAGCCUUGUUAUAUGUAGUUAGUUUCCUCAAUAUGAUUGUUGGUUUUCAGUCUGAUUUUCAUUGUGAACUUUUUAGGGGGAAAUUACAUUGAUUUGAUGAAAUUACAGUUAUCAGUAUUUUAAUUAGAGUAUGCUUGAAAUUAAA